GUUCUGAAGAUUUGGAGACUAGAAAUAUGUUUUCACUUUGAUGUGACAGAGUCUUUUUUGUAAAAGAAUAAAAUGUUGCCAAAAACAGCAAAUUAAAUUGAGAAUUUAAUGUGAAAAUUUAAAAACAAAAGAGACUUGAAUGCUUUUUAUAUGCAGUAUAUUUAUAUAUGUGUGUCUGUGUUUAUAUAAAUCAAUAUAUACAUAUAUAUGUGUAAUAUUUCCUAAGUAGGUCAGGUUGGGAAAGUUUAGAAUCUAGACGUGAGAAAAAAGGACGGUGGGAAAAGUGAAGGAGCUGCAGAUUUCAGCCUCAAACUAUAAGAAAAACCCGACUUUGGUUCCUCAGUCAGAAGUUUCACUCCAGACAUCAGUCAGAAAACAGAAACGCUGUCGCAGCGAGCGACCGGACAAGACUUGGUGAAAACUUUAGAGGAAGUCUUUAAGUGUGGAGACAUGAAUCUGCUGCAGGAUUUUACCGGUAAACGCUCUGAGAUCCCGGCUCUGUGAUUCCCAGCUCUCUCUUUCUCUUUCCUCUGUGCCACUGAGGGAGUUUUUCUCUUCUGCUGAGUCAGUUCCCUAAAGGACGUGUUUUCCUUCCGGCUGCGUUUCCUGUAAACCUGCUGGUGAAAGAGUGAAAGGAAGGCGUGGCGCAGGCUUUUUACUCUCCGUCACCGGCAUUUUUUUCCCUUUCUUCUUCUGAUGUAAUUAGCUCUCUGGCACGCACUCCACGAAUCAGAUAAUAAAAGACAGGAAGUAUUUGAACCACGCCUCUGAGCUGAAGCCUUUAAAGAGUCUGACGCUGCUGAAACACAACAGAAACACAGAAACAACCCAGAGAGGAACGCCGAGGCUCAGGGUUAUUAUUGUACAUGGCAGAGAUUUACAGCGGCGGCCAGCUUCACAACUUCAUCGACGGCUAUGACGUCCGGCGCAGUAACUGGAUGCGCUACGUGAACCCGGGACGCUCCCUGGCCGAGCAGAACCUGGUGGCCUGUCAGAACGGACGCGACAUCUUCUUCUACACCAUCCGGCCGGUGGAGUCCAAGCAGGAGCUGCUGGUGUGGUACAGCCCCGAGUUCGCCCAGAGGCUCUGUGGAGAGCAGGACCACGCCAGCAACAAAUACUGGGAUGAGAACCAGGAGCCCUCCUCGGUCCGACCUCCCCAGCAGACGUGGCUCCGGGAGCGAACCAAGGAGGAGGUGAAGGAGGAGGAGGAGGAGGAGAAGAUCGACGUGGAGCUGCUGGAGAGGGACACGCCUCCCGACACGCCUGACGACCAGAUCAUGGACUUCAGCAAGAAGGUGGAGAAGGAGGAGGACGGGGAGGCGACGAUCCGGUCUCCCCGGGACCUCAGGGAGGCGGGUCUGGACCUGAACCCGGCCUACAUCCAGGACCAGCACCUCCAGGCUCCCCCCAGGAACCUGCCCCUGCACCUCCACGGCCUCUACAGCCCCCGGGAGGGCCUGGUGUCGUCCUACCCCCUCUACCCGCCCUCCAGACCCCUGCAGCCGGCCUACCAGUUCCUGCCCCCCUACGGCCCUCACUACCCCCGCCUCCUGCUGCCCUCCUACUCGCCCCCGUUCCCCGGGAUGCUGCCCUCCAGAGGCGGCCUGAGGUACGGCGGCUACCUGGGCUCCGACGGACUCCCGUACCCCCCGGUGGGAGGUCCUAGCCUGCUGCCGGUGUCGCUGCCGUACUCCCCGUCCCCUCAGGGCGGCCUGAAGGAGCUCACCGCCAACGUGUCGCCGCCCCGAGGAGCGCCGGCCACCCCGGAGCUGUCGCCGCCCGCCAAGUCGCCCGAGUCGCCCGAGAGGUCGCCGUCCGGCUGCGAGGAGGCCGUGAACCUGAGCCUGACCUCCGCCAAAACCGGCGCCGCCCCCCGCAACGGGCCGGGCCACAAGUCGCUGCCGUACCCGCUGAAGAAGCAGAACGGCAAGAUCAAGUACGAGUGCAACAUCUGCUCCAAGACCUUCGGACAGCUCUCCAACCUCAAGGUCCACCUCCGAGUCCACAGCGGCGAGAGGCCUUUCCAGUGCAACCUGUGCAAGAAGAGCUUCACCCAGCUGGCUCACCUGCAGAAACAUCACCUGGUCCACACCGGAGAGAAGCCGCACGAAUGUCAGGUGUGUCACAAGCGCUUCAGCAGCACCAGCAACCUGAAGACUCACCUGCGGCUGCACUCAGGUGAGAAGCCGUACCAGUGCAAGCUGUGCAGCACCAAGUUCACUCAGUACAUCCACCUGAAGCUGCACCGCCGGCUGCACAGCGGCCGCGACCGCCCCUACCGCUGCCCGCUGUGCGCCCAGGCCUUCUUCCACCGCUUCUCGCUGGGCGUCCACCAGCGCGGCCGCUGCCUCGCCGGCGCCCCCGCAGGCGCCAAGGGGCUGGCGGAGCGCUUCGACGCCAGCCAGGAGGCCGACGCUCUGGCCGAGACGGCGACGGCGGCACAGCUGGGCGAGGCGGUGGAGCGCUGGCUGGCCCGGACCCUGGAGGGCGACGGGAAGGAGGACCAGCGGGAGGCGGCGCUGCUCCUCAAGGCGCUGGCGGCCGCCGUCGGCACCCCGGUGAUGUCGUCGGCGCCGGCCUAUCAGGAGCGAGCCAGCGUGGUUCACCUGCACAAGCGGCCGGCGGUGAAAACGGAAGGACAGUGAAAAGAAAACGGAAAACGAACUGAUCCAAAACAAACAGCAUUCCAAAGACUGGGUUCAAGGAGGGACGGCGUGUCGUUUAAGCUGUGAAGUAUUUAAAACUUUUCCCGCUCAGGUAGAGAAUCUUUGUCGUGCUUUAACUUACUACUUUUUUCUAAAAAGAAUGGAGUCAUUUAUAUUUAUUUAGUCCUACCAUAGUGUGUGUGUGUUUUUUAUUACUUCUGUCUGUCGACGUUUCCGAAGGAGAUUUGAUCUCCGACGAAAAUCUAAAAUUAUUGACUCAGGAACGACAGCGUGCACUCUAAAAAGGAAUUAAUAGGUCCUAAAAAUUCUAAUUUAUUGCUUUAAAUAAAGUUUUUAAGUGGCUAGCAUUACUUCUGAUGGGUUGUUGACGUGCUAACGUUGCAUUAAUUUAAUAUUUAGUGUCAUUUACACUCAAACUUCUGCACUAGUUGAUUUUAAAAGUAAUUUUAAGUGAGGUUACUUGAUUAAAUUGGCUUGAUAAGUACAUUUUUCUCCACCUUAAGUUCAAAAUUUUAAGUUCCUUCGUCAUCCUAUAAAACACGAGUAACUUUAUUUAUUAAAAUUUGCCAAAUUCAAUACUUGAAAUUUAUAUUUCCACAUUAAUUGACUGAAAAGUAAAAUUCAAGUUGAGGCAACUUAAUAAAAUUGGUUUGAUAAGUCAAUAUUUCUUCACUUUGAGUUGGAGCAACUUAAUUUUUUAAACUUGCCAGCUUAAAAACUUCAUAAAUAAUGUGAUUUAACUAUAAAAAUCCCUUUAAAAAAUGUUGAAAAUGAGUUGGAACAACUUAAUUUUUACAAGUUUUCAACUUAAAAAAUUGUGUUGCUGCCAACGAAUUCUUCCAACGCAAUUUAGUUUGUUGGUUGAACAUAGUAUCAGUAGGAGUCAUAACUCAUUUUUACAUUUUUUUGGAGCCCAAACCUUAUAUUUUAGAGUGUGGUUUGUCAUUGUUGUGCUGCGUUUUUUCAAACAAGUGUGAGUGAAUAUCGGAACUGUUUGUGAUUAUUUUAUUUAUUUAUGAUUUAAAAGGGAAAAAAUCAGGUGUCUUGAAACUGUGUAAUAAUAAUAAUAUUAAUAAUGAGCAUUUGCCAAACUUACAAUCAAACAACAUGAAUGUGUAACACCGAUCAAUAUUCACCUUCUGAAUUUUCUGGCAACUUUCAUCAAACACUCACAAGAAAAUGUGAAAAUACGGCAAAACAACAUGUUUUCCUUCUAACUUGCAGCUUGUCAUCGGAUUCAAACGUUUCUUACACAGAAAGCUUUACUGCGAAUGUCCGCGAGCUUCGUCCAAAUGUCAGACGUUGGUACCUCAUAUUCAGCGAUGCAAAAAAACUAACAAAAGCACAAUUUUACAGCUUUUAUUUAACUUGUUUGUGAAGCACUGGAACAAAAAAUGCAACGAGGUUUGUCUUUUGAAACUUUACUACUGAGUCAGCAACAAACUUCUUUUACGGUUUUGUAGUUUGUUUUUGCUUCUUUUGUACAGUUGGUUGGUUUGUGUAGUUAUGAGAUGUUGAGAAUUUAUAUGUGAGAGACUAUUUUGAUGAUACUUUUAUAUUUACAUGAUGUAGCAUAUUAAAGAUAUUGUUUCUAUA